UCCACAGGCGGAGCCGUAGCCCGUGCCUUCCGGCGUCCCGUAGCCCGGCAGCGGGGCGGCCCGCGUCGCAGGAUCCCGCGGCGAGGGCCAAGAUGUCGGACAAGGAGGCGACGUCGAGCGGCCAGGCCCCUCAGGCCCGCGCCGACACCAUCAGCGACAUCCAGGAGCUGAUGCGGCGCAAGGAGGAGCUCGAGGCGCAGAUCAAGGCCUACUACGACGUGCUGGAGGGCCAAAAAGGAGUUGGAAUGGACGAGCCGCUGGUGGACUGUGAGGGCUACCCCCGGGCCGACGUGGACCUGUACCAAGUCCGCACCGCUAGGCACAACAUCAUCUGCUUGCAGAAUGAUCACAAGGCGGUGAUGAAGCAGGUGGAGGAGGCCUUGCACCAGCUGCACGCUCACGACAAGGAGAAGCAGGCUCGGGACAUGGCUGAGGCCCAGCAAGAGGCCAUGAGCCACAAGCUGGGCCACCCCGAGAGCCACAGUCCACCUGAGGCCUUUGCCAGAGUGAACAGCGUCAGCCCCGGCUCCCCAGCCAGCAUUGCGGGUCUGCAGGUGGGUGAUGAGAUUCUGGAGUUUGGCUCUGUGAACACCCAGAACUUCCAGUCACUGCAUCACAUCAGCACUGUGGUGCAGCAUAGUGAGAUGAAGCCCCUGUCUGUGACAGUGCUGCGCCAAGGACAGAAACACCAGCUCAGACUCGUGCCGAAGCGCUGGACUGGGAAAGGACUGCUGGGCUGCAACAUUGUCCUUCUGCAGAGAUGACCGUUCCUGGCGCAGCAGGAUAGCCACUUCCAUGCCCUGGAGUUGGGUCCAAUGUGGAUGUCUUCAUCUUCUCUCGGCGAGUGACGAACUGGAAGGGGCUGGAAGCCUGCUUGUGGAGGCGAGGCCUCCCUGGAGGAUCUUUCUGGAUGAAGGCAUCUUUCACGGCUUAAGUCGUGCUUGGCAUCUUUGGCCAAUGAGGCUGCGGCCCUGAAUGGGAAUUCUCUAGAUUGUGGGAGUUAUCCUGGCAGAUGCUGAUACGACUUGAUUCUGUUAGGAAUCUUUUUUUCCCAAAUAAACAACAGUUUUGCGGUGC